CCCUCCACGUUGCUACGUCAGUCGUUCGCAGUCGGUUCGUUCGUGUCGACAGGGGUUAUCGCGCGCACGUUUUCGAGCGUUGGCGUGUGCGUGUGUAUGCGCGCGCGUCGUCACACCUCCCUACAUGUUUCGGUCGCGUCGUCGACGUCGUCUCGACCUCGGCUCGCGAGAUCUCGUCGGAUAAACGGCGGCGAGGAGUCCGCUUUUUUUUUCCCCGUCGCCUGCGAAAGCGAGACGACCGUUCGGCCACGACACCGAAUUUCUGCGUCGCACCCGCGGAUACUCCCUCACGUUCAAUAAUGAGGGACAUGGCAGGUAAGAUCGCCGAGUUGAAGUUCGAGGCACCCCUCGCGCGCUUCGAGGAGGAGGACACCGCCAGCCUGAAGAACAUGAACAUCCUGACAGAACAAUUAUUGGAUGCCAGCCUGGAUGCAAAUUUCGGCGAGAACUGUAACGCGAAUGAGCCGCCUACGACGCACGAAAGCGGCACCGACAUCCUUCAGGAAGGAACGUUCAGCCCGUUCAGCGGUAGUCUCGAGGAUCUCGUUAACACCUUUGACGAGAAGAUCACAUCUUGCUUCCGCGAUUAUGGCACUGACGUGGAAUCAUUGGCUCCGGUGCAGGUGCGAACGCAGGAGGAGAUCAUGAACGAGUGCCAGAUGUGGUGGACGAUUACCGGAACUUUCGGGAAUAUAUUACCCAUCGACUGGAGCAAAUCCUACGCGCGGAAAAUGCAUAUGCCCGCUUUGAAUUUGAACGAAGCACCUACUUCGACGGAAAGACCCGAACUGGAAGAUUUAAGUAGCGAAGACGAGGCAGUUGCCACAGAUUUGGACAUGCAUGCUUUAAUCUUAUCCAGCAGUACCGAUACUCACAGUCCGGAAGAACCGCUGAAGACUGCAGAGGAAGUUCUUCGCGAGAUAGAUGACAUAAUGCAGGAAAGUCCGUCAAUGGAAAGAUCGCCAGAUUCAGAGGGUUCUUUAUUGGACAGCGAUGAGGCUUUGGAAAGAAGUAGAGAAGUACUUGGAUCACCACUUCAUGAAAAAAAAUUAAAGCAACUUUCCUCCAGCCAACUGACUGAACUUCUUGGAGAAAUGGAAUCCUUGAUUGCGGCUUUGAGCGAAACACUGAUCGCAGAGCUUGCGCUUCGAGACGAAUUAGAAUAUGAAAAGGAACUAAAAAACCAGUUUAUCUCUUUACUAUUGGCUGUGCAAAAUCGACGUAGGCAGCAUCAUGUUACAAAGAAAAGAAAUCAAAUGCCGAAUGGUACUAGUCCGUUACCACAACAUAGGUCUUUGCAGGAGCCGAAGUACCUGACGACCGUUAUUCCAUAUCAUACAGACAGUGGUCCGCCAGACAAUCAAGCCUUGCAAGUACUUAUCAAAAUAUUAAAGGCCAUUAGCGAGGAUAGCCCGACAGUACCCACUUUACUAACAGAUUAUAUACUCAAAGUGUUAUGCCCGACUUAAGGCAAAAUAUGUG